UUGUGUAACCCCACCCACGCUUCAAGAGCAGACUUCUGCCUACCUGUCAGUUGUGAUCCCAGUUUAACUCAUGCAUGUUUACCUUCACUAUUAAGCUUAAUCAGGCUCUCGUCGGACAAGUGGGAGUAUCUUGAACUGUUAGCGAAGGCAUGGACAGCCAAGGGAGGAAGGUGGUGGUUUGUGACAAUGGGACGGGGUUUGUCAAGUGUGGCUUUGCUGGGUCCAACUUCCCCAAGCACAUUUUCCCAGCCAUGGUGGGACGGCCAAUCAUACGGUCGAACACCAAAGUGGGCAACAUUGAGAUCAAGGACCUGAUGGUUGGGGAGGAAGCCAGCGAGUGCCGCUCCAUGCUGGAGGUGUCCUACCCCAUGGAGAACGGCAUGGUGCGAUGCUGGGAAGACAUGCUGCACCUGUGGGACUACACCUUCGGCCCAGAGUGUCUCAGCAUCAGCCCAUCAGAAUGCAAGAUCCUGCUGACUGAGCCACCCAUGAAUCCCACCAAGAACCGAGAGAAAAUCGCUGAGAUCAUGUUUGAAAAGUACCAGUUUCAUGGGAUCUACGUGGCGAUUCAGGCCGUGCUCACACUCUACGCCCAGGGUUUGCUUACCGGGAUGGUUAUAGACUCGGGAGACGGCGUCACCCACAUCUGUCCGGUUUACGAGGGCUACUCUCUACCCCACCUCACGCGCAGGUUGGACAUUGCAGGACGAGACAUCACGCGCUACCUCAUUAAGCUCCUGCUGCUGCGUGGCUAUGCCUUCAACCACACGGCUGACUUUGAGACGGUGCGGAUGUUGAAGGAGAAGCUCUGCUACGUUGGAUACAACAUUGAACAAGAGCAGCGCCUGGCUCUGGAGACCACCUACCUGGUAGAGUCCUAUACGCUCCCCGAUGGCCGGCAGAUAAAUGUAGGCGGAGAGCGAUUUGGGGCUCCAGAAGCUCUUUUCCAGCCUCACCUCAUCAACGUGGAAGGAGCCGGCGUGGCUGAGCUGCUCUUCAACACCAUCCAGGCUGCAGACAUUGACCUGAGGGCUGACUUCUACAAGCACAUUGUCCUGUCAGGAGGGACCACCAUGUAUCCGGGCCUUCCCUCCAGGCUGGAAAGAGAGAUCAAGCAACUCUAUCUGGAGAGGGUGCUUGAUGGAGACACCCAGAAGCUAUCAAAAUUCAAGAUCCGAAUCGAGGACCCGCCCAGGCGCAAGCACAUGGUGUUCCUGGGCGGAGCUGUGCUGGCCAACAUCAUGAAAGACAAGGACUCCUUCUGGCUCAGCCUGGAGGAGUACAGGGAGAAGGGCCUAGGCGUGCUGAAAAAACUGGGAGGAGGAAUCCGAUGAAACAAUCACAACAGAAAAGAUAGAGAGAAACCAACGUAUGAACUAAUGCUAAUUUUGUUAUUUCAUCAAAAAGAUUGCCCAAUUAUUGUCUCUUCCUCUUCUCUGUUCAUAAAAACAAUGAGUUUUAUUCUAAUGCUUCUGUUACCAUAAACGCUGUAAAGCAAGCAAUCAACUGGAUUUUGUAAGUUUUAUUACUAAACCAGACAUUUUUGUUUUCUUGGUUUA